AUGGCUUUCACCACAUCUCAUCUUCUCCUAACUCUCUUACUCCCUCACCUCAUCUCCACCAUUUUCCCAUCAUCAAAUGCAUUCUCCUUAAACCUCAUCCAUAGAGACAACCCAAACUCCCCUCUCUACCAACCCAAUAACAACAACCUCUCUCACCUCCAACGCUUCUCGCGGGACGCCAAAGCCACGAAAACUCGAGUUUCCGAGCUGAACUCGCCUCGUUUCCCUCUCCUCUUCUGUGCCCCUCUCUACACGCUCGACGCACGUAUCGGGUCUCCCCCCACAAAAACGACCCUCGUUUUCGACACGGCCGCGCCACUAACAUGGACGCAAUGCAAGCCAAACUGCGCCGCGUGCUUCAGGCAGAGCCACCCGGUUUUCGACCGCACCAAAUCCGCCUCCUACAAGCGCUUGCACCGAAACCACACGCUCGCGGGAUAUUUCAACUGCACGGUCGUCGAGUGCUACUACUUCGUGAGCGGGCGUGGCGGGUCGGGCUUGUCCUCGUCCGGGCUCGUCUCCACCGAGACGUUCCACAUCCCGAGCCUACCGGGCCCAGUCGAGCGCCACCUGGCAAAUGUGGUCUUCGGGUGCGGGACCUACAACACGGCCCCGGCCGGCCUCCCAAGUGCCCUAACAGGGGUUCUUGGCAUGGGGAACGUCCCGACUUCCCUGGCCCGACAGCUGGGGAGUGGGCCCGGGCCCAGGUUCUCGUACUGCCUGUCGAGAUCCCGGACGAAGGGCUCGGUUUUGAGUUUCGGCGAGAAUGCGGCGAUCGGAGAGGACAAAAACGUGCAGACUACGUCGUUCUUGAAAAGCCCGUGGGCCUGGAAAUCGUUGUUGGGCAGCGGGUACAGGUUGGGCCUGACGGGCAUUAGCGUUGCCGGGAAAAGGCUCGAAAUCCCGAGAGAUUCGUUCAAAGGAGGCUGCAUUAUCGAUACAGGGUCGCCUUUCAGUGUGUUGGAAGAACGGGCUUAUCGGGCCUUGGUGAGGGCCGUCUCGGGCUAUUUCGAGCAGUUCAAGAAUGUGAAGAAGGUCGUGACAAGAAUGUACCCGAAGAAUUUGUGCUAUAACUAUCCUAGAGGCUUCGGGAAGUUUCCGAGCGUGGUGUGGCAUUUCGAGGGGGCUGACCUGGAAGUUAACGGGACGAGCCUGUUUUCGUUCGGGAGUAACUUUUUAAUGUCGAAUUUCGUGUGUCUGCAGUUGUUCGGGGCGCCCGAGACGAAUGUUUUGGGGACUUAUCAGCAGCAGAAUGGCAUCAGUGAUGUAUAUAUUCCAUCACAACAAAUACAUAAAACCUUAACCAUGGCUACACCAUUUCCCUCUUUUCUUCUCAUUUUACUUCCCUUAUCUCUCCUCCAUCAUUCCCUCUCUCUCGACUCGAGAUCGGCCGCAGGUUUCUCCCUAAAACUCACACGGCACAAAAUCACCACCUUAUCUGAAAACUCGACACCCGCAAACUAUUUCCCGAACACAAUCCGCCCAAGAAUCACGAGGUCGAAUUCCAUUUUCACAAUCGAGGCCACUAUCGGCACACCUCCCUCCAAAAAAUCCUUCAUUUUCGACCCUGGCUGCGAACUAACCUGGACACAGUGCACUCCAUGCAUCAAGUGUUUCAAACAAGACUAUCCCUUAUUCGACCCGAAACAAUCCAAAUCCUUCCAAACGCUCCCUCAAAACCACCCAUCGGCAAAAUACUUCAGACGAUCGGAAAACGGCAGCAGCUUCAUUUUCCAUCUACUGUAUGCUUCUGGUGAGUCAGCGCGGGGAAAAGUCUCCAUCGAGACUUUCGGCUUCCCAUCACACAAGAAACGAGCAAUCGAGAGAGUGAAAAACGUAGUUUUUGGCUGCGCGGAUAACCAGAUAGGACGAUUUAGGAGUUCGGUAACUGGGAUCAUGGGCAUGAGCCGAUCACCGCUCUCGAUGUUUAGCCAAAUGGGCCCGCUCGUUAAACGGUUUUCUUAUUGUCUCCCUCAUAUCAGGAAACGUCUGAAUCUACUGGUUGGGACCUUCUCGGGAGGCUGCAUGUUAGAUGCAGGGUGUGGCGAGAGCGUGAUCGAAAUCCGAGCAUACAACGAGAUUCGAAGGUUUCUCAUGCUGUAUUUUGAGAAAUAUAAGCUGACGAGGAUAACAGGCGUCUCGAGCGGCUUUCUGGCUGAUUCAUUCUGCUAUCGACUUCCUCGAGGAUUCAGAAGCUACCCGAACAUGACAUUUCAUUUCCAGGAUGCUGACUUGGACGUGGGCCCCACAAAUCUGUUCCACGUCGAGGGGGAUAGAUUUUGCCUAGCGAUGAUUGGGAUGCAUAAUAUGACGAUACUCGGCGCGUAUCAGCAGCAGAACGUGAGAUUCGUCUACGAUGUCGGUUAUCAGAAGCUGUUUUUCGGUAAGGAAGAUUGUUCACUUGACAGAGCUUGA